CCCUUCUCCACUUGGCGAACUACACAACAAGCCCUGUAUUUACCAGUCUGACUUCAGAUAGACCACCCGGUUGGAGCAGAGACACUGAAGCUGGCUGGACUCUAUUUGAAGAUUUAAAUAAUCAGGACGGGACUUUGAAUUUCUUGAUUUCUGUUGGAUUAGUUUGAUUUGAUUCGUGGAGGGUCUUGGUCGACAAGGUCAAUAAACUUGGACUUCCUUGACCUUUUCCCUUUUACAUUUAUUGCUGAUCUGGAAUUGUAUCCCGCUGUGAAUGCUAAAGUUGGUGGGUGACCCUCAGAAAAGAGGAGGCGAAGUGGUAAGCAUGUGGAUCCCAACCCCCAGCAUGACUCUCCCUCAGCGGAUGGUGCUGUACGGGACGUGCGUUGUGGCGUUGAUGAACUCUGUGGGCCUCUUGGUGCUCAUGGUCCAGCAGAAUCAGCAACGUGUCUUGCUGAAGCAGACGGGAGUGAAGCUGACGGAGGUGGAGCAGAGCUCGGUGGUGGAGUUCCUCCAGGAGGUGCCCCGAGGAGCAGCAGGGUUGCGGGCGAGCGCGGCGGGACAUCCCCAGUACCAAUACCAGUACUCCAGGAAUAAGAGAAGUGAAGAGGUGGAGAAGGAGCUACAGCAGGAGACGCAGGAGCUUCACCAGGAGGAGAGCCAGGAGUCCAGCCAGGAGGUGGGAGAGGAAGCAGAGAAGAAGAUGAAGAAUGAGAUGAAGCACAAGCACCGACACGGCCAGAUUUACCACAAGACUCACAUGCAGGAUGACAUGAUGAUGAUGAUGACCUACUCCAUGGUCCCGAUAAAAUUGUUGAUCGACAUUUGCAACAGCACCAAAGGAGUCUGCAUCGCUGGACCACCAGGACCGCCUGGUCUGCCCGGUGUGGACGGCAUGCCCGGCCACAAUGGCACUGAUGGCAUCCCAGGACUGAAUGGACUCCCCGGGGCUGAUGGGAAAAGAGGAAAAAAAGGUGAGAAAGGAGAACUGGGUGAAAAAGGAGAGCGAGGAGAGCCUGGUCCGCCUGGUGAGAAGGGGCAACCAUCCAACGAUGUCAUUAUUGAGGGUCCUCCUGGCCCUCCAGGUCCUCCUGGUCCACCAGGACCUCCUGGCCCUCAGGGGCCUCCUAGAACAAGGCACCACAGAGCGAACCUUCAGGCUGCUCAUACCCUGGGGCUGUUACACGCGGUUCCAAAUGAUGAAACUGCAUCUGUAAAAGAGGCUGUGAAACUACACGAGAAGCCUGUAAAGAAGAACGAGUGCAUCAUCAAGUCUCUGAUCAACCCCAGAAAUGUGACAAAGAUGGAGAGUACAUUUGGCACAUGGAUGAAAGACACUGCUCAGCUGAAUGAUGAACGGAUUUGGGUGGCAGAACACUUUUCUGGUCGUGUGGUGAAGGAGUAUAAAAGCAUCGCCUCCUUCCAGAACAGCAGCAGUGACAUUGUGGACGUUAGAAAGUUCUACCAAGGCUGCGGUCACACUGUUCACAACGGUUCCUUCUAUUAUCACAUCGCUGGAACUUCCAGCAUUGCCAGAUUUGACUUUCACACCAAAAGGCUUCACACUCUCACAAUCGACAACGCGUUGUACCACAACCUCGCCUACCUGCUGCACAACUCCAAGACCUACUUUAAACUGGCAGCGGAUGAGAACGGCCUGUGGCUGAUCUACGCCUCCAGUGUGGACGAGAGCAUCAUGGUGGCCCAGCUGGACCAGAAGACCUUCUCUGUCACAUCUUACGUCAACACCACCUACCCCCGCACCAAGGCUGGCAACGCCUUCAUCGCCUGUGGCGUCUUGUAUGUCACAGACACCAAGGACACCAGAGUCUCUUUUGCUUUUGACCUGCUGAAGGGAAAGCCGGUCAACGUGACCUUUGACCUGAGGUCUCCAGGUGGAGUGCUGGCAAUGCUCUCCUACAGCCCGAAGGACAGACACCUGUAUGUGUGGGACCACGGAUACGUCCGGCUCUACGUGGUCCACUUCAUCUCCGACGAUUGAAAAACAAACAAAAGUGAAGACAAGACUUAAAUUCACACAUUCUUUGGAAAGUGGUCAUAUUUACAUUUUCAAGAGAGAGAUACACAUCAGUCUCAACUUUAUCUCCCUGUAGAGCAUUCCUGUCAGUAAUCGUUUUUUAAAAAUUCAGUUUCACAUAAGGAAAACAUUCUUUGGUCGUUAAUCAUAAUGAUAUUGUCAAAAAUAAAUACUGCUGUAUUUAUAUUCUAUUUGCAAUGUACAUGUGAGAUUUUGGAGUUACUAACAGUGUGGAAACUUUUUAUCAAUUUGUACGAAACAGUUCUUAAUUUAUACAAAUUUAACUUUUUUGUGUUCCAAGUUGUUAUUUAGUGUAUUUGCAUGAGUUAUCUUUCAUGUAUUUUUAUAUAGAAUGACAUAUGUCCUCUGAUAUCCUGUACAUACAGUCCACCCGCCAUUGUUAUGAAGCCCUGGUCGCUUAUUCCUCUGGACAGAAAAAUGAAAAACAGCGCCAAAUCACCCUGAUGAAAUAAAAAGAAUUUAUUCACUUUACAAAGGUAAAACUCUGACCAUGACCUGUUCUCUCACACACCUCCAGGCUCAAGUGCCCUAGUAAGCGUCUACCCAUGAUAUUGGCUUCUUUUGCAUUAUUACAUGCAUACGCACAUACACACCAGACA